CACUUUUCAUUGCCAGCUUUUCUAUUGUAGAUCUUGAUCAAGAAGCCCACAAUUUUGACAAGUCUUGCCUCCUUAAAAAACUCAUUUAGAAUGAUCAAGCUCAAUAUACAAUCCUAUUGGAAAAGGAUAACAUGGCUUCAAUUCGCCACUGUUGUCUACCAGGAGCCUCAGCCACCACUAUCACCACCCCUGCAUAUUGCCGGUCCUUCAAUAAAGUGAUUACAAAACAUAGGGUAAGAAGUUCAUCACUUCUCCACAGACAUUUAAACUCCACCAAAAAUAAUUCUAUACAAAAAAUUGUAUGCAGAUUCCCAGUGGAGAAAGAAAAAGAGGAGGGAGGUUUAAGAUUUGAAAGGUAUGAACCAGUGAUAGGAAUAGAAACCCAUGUGCAGCUCUCAACGUUAACAAAAGCAUUCUGUAGCUGCCCAUCUCUGUAUGGUUCACAACCAAAUACAAAUGUAUGCCCAAUUUGUACGGGACUUCCUGGUUCUCUGCCUGUUUUGAAUGAAAAAGUGGUGGAGUAUGCAGUCAAGUUGGGACUGGCAUUGCAUUGCCAUGUGGGUCUUGAAUCCAAGUUUGACAGGAAGCAUUACUUCUAUCCUGAUCUUCCCAAAGGAUACCAGAUUUCACAAUUUGAUGUUCCUAUUGCUACAAAUGGGUUCGUUGAUGUGGACAUCCCUGUGGGUUUUGCUGGUGAGCAUAGAAGAUUUGGUGUGACUAGAGUGCAUAUGGAGGAGGAUGCUGGGAAAUUGAUGUAUGCUGGAAGUAGGCGGUUUUUUGGUUCUUCUUACACCAAGGUUCUGUUCUGUAUCCUGUUUCCACUUUCUGGAUUGAAAAUGCAGUUACCCAUUUAGAAAAUCUUAAUGUCAUAGCAUAGGGAGUGUUCUUUGCUGUCUUGCAAACUAUAAAAGCCCAUAGUCUCCCAUAACAUAGCAUGACAAAUUAUAUCAGCACUGCAAAUAGGCGAAAUCCAGAAGUUUCACAUAACAUAUUAUAGGAAAUGAUUACUCCUGCCCUGCCCAUUGUAAAUUAACAAAUUCCAAAUAAUUUCCUGAAAAUGAGCAAUCCUACAAAAUUAAAAAGGGAUGAUCGUCUUAGCUUAACUGAUUGAAA